AUGUCGAAAGCCAUUGUCAAAACCACGUUCGAGGCGUCCCGCACGCUGCGCCCCAUUUACACUGGCGGCAGCACGGCGCUGGAUGCCAGUGGGCGCAUCUUGCUGAGCUGCGUUGGUGAAGAUGCCUUGAUCGUCGAUUUGGAGACUGGUAACCAGCUUGCUAGUCUUGAAGGGGAUGGAGAAAUAGUCACCGGACUGGCCAUAACGCCGAAUGCCUCACACGCCAUUGUCUGCUCGCGCUCAAUGUCAAUGCGAAUCUACGGUCUCUCAACUUUCGACGAGACUUCCCAGACCAUUGAAGCAAAACUUCUCCGAACCCUCAAGCCUCACACAGCCCCAGUCGUGACCAUUUCUGUCGAUCCCACCGGUACAUUGCUUGCCACGGGUGGUGCUGAUGGCUCAAUCAAGGUCUGGGAUAUCAGGGGCGGCUUUGUCACCCACACUUUCCACGGUCAUGGUGGUGUCAUUUCUGCGCUUUGCUUUUUCGAGGUCCCUACAGGCGACAACGAGGCCAAGUCGGCUAAGAAAAACAAGUCCAAGCGACAGGCUACGGAUGGGGAUGAAGAUAUGGAGGAGUCUACUGCAGGAUCUACUGCAGGAUUCCGCCUAGCAUCUGGCAGUGAAGACGGCAAAAUGCGCGUAUGGGAUUUGCACAAGAGAAAACCCAUUGCGUCGCUUGAAUCACAUGUUUCCCUUGUCCGCAGUUUAUCGUUUUCCCCGUCAGAGAAUGCAUUGAUCUCUGCCAGUCGAGACAAGACUGUCAUAGUCUGGGAUGCGCGUACUUGGAAGACCCGCAGAAUCAUCCCGGUCUUGGAGAGUGUGGAAGCCGCGGCUUUCAUUGCAGAUAGUGGAAUCUGCGUUAUUGGUGGAGAAAAUGGCAAACUGCGUGUGUGGGACUGCAAUCGGGGAAGCGAGGUUACAGAGGAGCAAGAGGCUGGAGAGGAAUAUGAGAGUGUCGUCGCUAUCCAGUAUUCCCCUGGUCUACCUUUCGUCCUCACCGUCCAUGCAGACCAGACUCUCCGACUCCACUCGCUCGAGUCGUUGUCCGAUUAUAAGCCAGGGUCACGCCUGGAGCCCUUGGCGGUUAUUCGCCGUAUUUCCGGCAAUGAUGAUGAGAUCAUUGAUUUGGCUUACGUCGGAUCUGAUCGAUCCAUGCUUGCUUUGGCCACCAACACUGAGAGUAUCCGCGUUGUCUCGGUUGCUCCCUCGGAACAUCGACCAUCGGAUCAAGGAGAGGAAUACUUCGGCGCUGAUGUCACGCACCUCGAAGGGCACGACGAUAUCAUCAUUUGCAUUGAUGUUGACUGGUCAGGACACUGGCUAGCAACUGGCGCUAAAGAUAACAUAGCCCGUCUUUGGCGUAUUGACGCGCAGACGUCCUCUUAUACCUGCUUUGCCGUAUUCACUGGCCACGCCGAGUCAUUGGGAGCAAUUGCCCUUCCUCGGGUGCCACCGCCUGUUGGCAGCGCUGCAUAUAACGAUCCUGUGAACCACCCACCCUCAUUCCUAAUCACCGGCUCGCAGGAUCGCACAAUCAAGCGAUGGGAUACAAGCAAGUUGGGCCCCUUGACAGGCGAAAAGCCACAUACGCCCAAGGCAAUCUAUACCCGCAAGGCUCACGAGAAAGACAUCAACGCCAUCGAUAUCGAUUCUACAUCUGAGCUGUUUGCCUCCGCAUCACAAGAUCGCACCGUGAAGGUCUGGGCCGCCGACGAGGGCUCAGCCGUCGGUGUCCUCCGUGGCCACAAGCGAGGUGUUUGGUCAGUGCGUUUCGCUCCGCAAGGCACACCCAUCGUCAAUUCAGACCAACGUACCAGCACAAGCCGUGGCCUGGUAGUCACAGGCUCGGGUGACAAGACCGUGAAGCUAUGGAGUCUAUCUGACUACAGCUGUCUCCUGACAUUCGAGGGCCACACCAACAGCGUUCUCAAAGUCCUCUGGCUCCCUCCUCCCCAGGUCUCCAACGUCCAAGACGACGACGAGGACGAAGAAUCAGCAGCAGCCCGCAAAAACGCCAUCCAAGACCGCCCCCUCAUCGCCUCCGCCGCCGCAGACGGUCUAGUCAAGAUCUGGUCUCCUUACACCGGCGAAGUCGAAACAACCCUGGACAACCACACCGACCGAGUCUGGGCACUAGCCAGCCCAACCCCCUCCGGCUCCCGCUCAGACGUGAAACCAUCCACCUCCAAGCUCAACUCCACCCCCUACGCCAUUGCCUCCGGCUCCGCCGACGCAACAGUAACCUUCUGGACCGACACCACCUCCGCCACCUACAGCGCCGCAGUGACCGCCAACUCCGCCCGCAUCGAGCAGGACCAGGAGCUGCAGAACUACAUCCGCGCCGGCGCCUACCGCGAAGCCAUCACUUUGGCCCUGCAACUCAACCACCCGGGCCGUCUCCUCUCACUCUUCACGUCUGCCAUCAACGCCGCCGAUGACCCCGCCCUUCCCGCCGAAGACCGAGAGCAGGCUAAAGCCAGUCUGUCCGGUAAUAAGUCCAUCGACGAGGUGCUGCAGAGCCUUGAUCCCGCGAAUCUGCGUACUCUCCUGCUCCGUCUCCGGGACUGGAAUACCAAUGCGCGCACCUCGCGCGUCUCACAGCGCAUCCUGUUCGCUCUGUUCCGCUCGUACCCUGCUUCUACUUUCGUGGAGCUGGCGACCCAGUCGGUCCGUGGAAAGGACGGUCGUGCUGCGGCGGGUAUGAAGGAUAUCCUGCAGGCGCUGGCUGCUUAUACGGAGAGACACUAUCGCCGGGUUGAAGAGCUUGUCGAUGACAGCUAUCUGGUUGAGUGGGUGCUCGGUGAGAUGGAUGGUGGUGUUGGACUAGGUGGACUGCGUGAUUUGACUGUGGGUGAUGUGAGUGAGGAAGAGCAUGAGAAGGACGUUAUCAUGUUGGAAGCAUAG